AUGGACGAUCUGGCAGAUGCGUUAAUGAAUAAGCUUGACCGCUACAAAGUCUUCCCGCCAUAUUACAACAAUCCGGAAGAAUUGUUAAAUCCAUCAAAAGUAAGAAGCGUUGGCCCACCAAGACCUCCAAACGGAUUUUUACUUUGUAGAAAAAAUGUUCACAGGCUAGCCAAAGAACGAGGAAUAUGCAAUAUGAGGGUGAUUAGCAAAGUAACGGGGAUGCUAUGGCGAGGUGCCACUUUAGACGAAAAAGAGCAAUACGAGAACCUUGCACUUAGCGUUCAACGCCUACACUCCAAGAGAUAUCCGAAUUACAAGUAUAGACCUCGAGCCAGGACGGAUGGGCCAUUGCAUCCAUUGCAUCAACCUUAUAUUACACCCCAACAGCGAGAAUUACCUCGACAGCAUAUUAUAACCGAACAGCAACCACAGAAGCAACCUGAAGAACCUCUAGUUGGUCAAGUGCAGAUGAUGUCUUCUCAUCCAGCUUACUCGUUUGUGACUCACGCAGACUUUUACUCUUGGUAUAACACCUACGUUGUGGAAAAUUUCGGUUUGUAA